AUGCUGUGUGCUCUCUUUGCGCGUGUGUCCAUGCUGCGCCUCCCUCUCCCUCUCCCUUUUGUUCUGUCUUUCACUUCCCCACUCCGUGUGCAGAUCAGCGGACUGACCCCAGCAACACUAGGAAGGAUGAUGACUACUGCGAUGACGGCGACUGCGCUGCGCCGUGAGGUGUGCGCCCUGUUGUCCCUCGCGCUGUUGUGCUGCUGCGCUUCUGUGUGCGUGGCGGCUGCGACGGGAACUAUUAUAAAAACAGAAAACUUAUAUUCUGGCGCGACUGCCGUGAACGUGUCAGUUGAGGUCUCGUGUGCGGACAGUAAAAAGACGUUGCAAUGGCGCUUCCCCGGCCAGACAGAAUGGACUAAGUGUUCAUUCGCACAGGGUGCUCAUGACUACGAUGUUAAUAAGGAGAACACUGGAAGCUACAAUGUUGAUAAGGAGAGCACUGGAUACUACACUGUGGAUACAUCUGACAGUGGCGAUGAUGUUGUUAUUCUUUUGGAUACGGUAAUUGAGGAUUCCACCCGUGUCAGUGAGUCACUGUGCCUUUCGGCCGAACAGAUGUACUCGGCUGCAAAAUGUAAUGAAUCCUGCGCUUCAUCUAAUUCGGAUACAACCGCGUUUACGAUGGAAUAUUCGACGAUCAAAGAAAGCGGUGUGUACAAGUGGCUGGAAUAUAAUAAGCCUUCUAAUCCUCCUAAAGACACUACUAGUAGCACCUCAGGCGUCUGUCCGUUAAAAACUACUGUUGAGGAGGCAUCUGAGAAGGUCGACGGUGAAUCUCAAGAGACCGCUGCAGUAACUUUGGCAGCACAAGUGACAGCAAUGGAGGCACCCGCAGCGGGGCAGGCUGCAGGCAGUUCGAGUUCAGCUGCGAGUGGGGCCUCAUCAUCGGCACAGACUAUUGAGCAGGGGAUAACCCCAGCGGACCCACAAGCCGGUAGCACUUCGCAGCUGCCAACAGGCGAAGGGGUUGGCAGAACGGAUGCAUCCGGGACGGCGCAAACACCCUCAGCCACUCCCGCCAGCGGCAAUGGUGGGGCCUCCGGUGCAGCCACGGCCGGUGCUGCCUCACAGUCCGGCAACCCGACACAUACGAGGGAAGCCAACAACAGUGCCGCCACCGGAGCGCGGGAUCCCGGCACGUCGGACAGCAGCGCCAUCGCCACUGCGUGGGUGCAAACACCACUGCUGCUGCUGCUGCUGACCGCCCUUGCAUUUGCCGCUGAGCAGCGGUGCGGAGCAGCCACACAAGAAUGA